AGAUGGCGGCGGCGGCGGGCGCUGGCGUGUCCCAGGGCGGUGAGGGAGUUGCGGGGCCUCGGAAACGACGGCGGGGGGGGGAAACAACAACGGCCCCGGCCCCGCGGGGUUACAUAAGUGCCCGAAACUCCCCCACUCGUGACCGGGGCCGGGCGGGACGGGGCGGAGGGCGCUUCCUUCCCCGCGGGCCGUGCCGCCGCCGGAGCCUUCCCCCGUCGCGGGGAAGCGCCUCGUUUUGCGGCUUUAACACCCCCCGCCCCGUCGUCGUCGUUCUGGGAGCGAGUCGCCUGAGAAGUCUGGAUGCUGUAGUAAAAAAAAACAUACAUAAAAAAGCAGCGGAACCGCGGGUGGUGCGGCUACGAGCAUAAGGAUAGUUGUGAAAGAUGGUGGAUCGCUUGGCAAACAGUGAGGCAAAUACUAGAAGAAUAAGUAUAGUGGAAAACUGCUUUGGAGCAGCUGGUCAACCCCUAACUAUUCCUGGUCGUGUUCUGAUCGGAGAGGGAGUGCUAACAAAGCUGUGUAGGAAGAAGCCCAAAGCAAGGCAGUUCUUCCUGUUCAAUGACAUUCUUGUUUACGGUAACAUUGUCAUCCAGAAGAAGAAAUACAAUAAACAGCACAUAAUCCCACUGGAAAACGUCACUAUUGAUUCCAUCCAGGAUGAGGGAGACUUACGGAAUGGGUGGCUUAUCAAGACACCAACCAAGUCUUUCGCGGUUUACGCUGCCACCGCUACAGAGAAGUCUGAGUGGAUGAACCACAUAAAUAAGUGUGUUUCCGAUUUGCUUUCCAAAAGCGGGAAGACUCCUAGCAAUGAACAUGCAGCUGUCUGGGUACCAGACUCAGAAGCCACUGUGUGCAUGCGCUGUCAGAAAGCAAAAUUUACACCCGUCAACCGUCGUCACCACUGUCGCAAGUGCGGCUUUGUUGUCUGCGGGCCUUGCUCUGAAAAGAGGUUUCUUCUCCCAAGCCAGUCUUCCAAGCCUGUGCGAAUUUGCGACUUCUGCUAUGAUCUUCUUUCUACCGGGGAGAUGACUGCUUGUCAGUCCACUAGAUCAGACUCCUACAGCCAGUCACCUAAAUCAUCUUUAAAUGAUGUAUCUGAUGAUGAUGAUGACGAAGACAGUAGUGAUUAAGGACCAGACAUUUUUUCCAUGUGUUGCAAUUUGUGUUUCAAACCAUAUGGAGCUGCUUUUGGGGAAGUCUGUAGUGAGGUUCCUCAGAAAAACCCUGUUCUAGCCAUAAAAUAUGCCUGAAUAACUUCAAUUGCGAUGUGCCUCAAUCUAUGAAUUCUGUAGACAAUAUUUUUUUCACUCCUCUGCAGGGACAGACUGUUGCAAAUGUUAUCAGAAUAUUUUCCAACUUCUUAUACUUGAGUUGUGUCUAGUUUAGACUUUUGUGGAAGAUUGGAGAAUAAAAUGUACUUUCUUAAUUUAACAACCCAUAUUUCCUAAUGCUUCAUAUUGAUAUGUUAUAUGGGUUUUUUUACAUAUGGGGAGGAAAACUGUAAGCAUGCAUGGAAUGGUGAUGUUUUGGUUAAUCCCUCAGACCAUCUUAUUUUUCUAACCAUUGUAGAUAAUAAGUUGAAAUGUGACAUAACUUACAAACUUAAAUGUCACAAAACUUGGAAAUUGUCUUGUUUUGCUCUUAUUUAUGACUUCCUAUGCCAAGCAGUGCCUUGUACCAAUUGUGCUGAUUCAGGAAGAAGCAAACUUAUGUCCUCUGUAUUUGUCUGAUGCUGGUAUCUGAGAGAUUGUUGGUGCUAUUGAAAAUAACGGCUGUGUUCAAAGUGGAGCUUUGACAAGGUCAUAACUGUACCCUGUGGUGGGUGAUAGAGACCCGAAUCUCACGUCCUCACCUGUGCAGGCAGACCCGAAGACUCCACAGAUUCCCACAGGCUUCAGUGGGGUUCUUCUUGCAGGAGUUGCAUUGCGGGUCGGGAUCUUGAGAUGAGAAGCUUAGGGUGACUCUUCAUGGGGACUUCCGUGUUUUCUUUUCAGAACAGUUUGUAAGUUUCAAAUUUGGCAAAUGUGUAUUGAAAUUUUAGUUGGGUGAUAUAGCAUUUGAAUGUGAUGGCCUCUAUAUUUUUUUUUAAAUAAUUCCCCCAAGCGAUGCUAAAUUGUUUCUUAAAACAUUGGUGAGAGGGUUGGUUUGUUUGGGUUUUUUGUUGGGUUUUUUUUUCUCCAGGAGUUUUAUUGGCUUGUUUAAAAAUAACCUCCUAUUCUGAACAAAAAGCCUGCAAGUAUCCUUAUAAAAUUGGCUUUCCUUUUUACACAGCUGACCUCAGGUUAAAUGUGACAUGCAAGUUAUUUCAUUCUAGAUGUAUACCCAGGACCAAGAAAGAUGUAUUUAAGAACUGUAAUGAAAUCGUCAGUGCAGAAAAUGUCUCUAUCAUAGUAUUCAUUUUUACUUUUAAUAAGUUCUUGAAUACAGAAAUGUCAUAUUCCUAUAUAAAUGUAAAAGUUAGACUUGCAAAGACGUGUUAAACCCCCAAAUGCUAUGUUUCUAUAUUUUUAUAUUGGUAGUGUCAAUUUUGAAGCAGAAAAACCUCUUUGAAAUAGUUGUAUGAGUAUAGUAGCAACUGACUUUAUACAAAAAAAAUGUUAACCUUUUGUAUCUCUCUAAGUGACAAUUUCUGCACUGUUUGCCUUGGUUGGCAAUAAUUGGGUUAAAUAUUUAUUGAAUAAACAAUCAAUGCUGCAUAUUGCACUAGUCUCCCAUUCUGUACGCUGUAAAUGUCAGUCAGAAUCUCUUUUUAAGAAAAACUAGCAGAGCACUUCAAAGCUGUAGCCCUCCAUGAGGUUUCUGGUGGCUAAAGACGCACUUAGCAUCGUUAGGGGAGGCUCUCUGCAUUAAUAGUCUGCAAUAUAUUGCUUUGGGUGAAAAUUGCAUUAAUGUUUUUAGCUUGAGCAAUAUCUAAAAAUAAGUUGGGUGGUUUGUUUUUUUUUUUUUUUAAAGCACUGAAGAGUAUUUAAUCUACAUUGAAAUAAGCAUUAAAAGGGGAAAAUGCUUUCUGAUGGAGACUAGGGACUAGGAAGAUUCUGUAGAAUUGCCCGGUAAGCAAUAAACAAUUGUACAUACUCAAAGACUGUCUGAAAUAAGUAGCUACAUGUACUUACUCCGUAAAAGAUGAGGGAAUGGUGACCUGCAGCAAGGGAAAACCAUCUGUUUCUGAGAAGGCACUUUCAGUUGAUAGUGCUUACUUUUUGUACCUCUCUUACUCAAUAUUUAUAUUUCAGGAAUGGAGGCUUGUCAGCUUCAGUUUUUCUACAGAAUCAAAGUACAAACCUCCCUUGUACAUACCUUCUGAUGACUAACAAUGGUUUUCUUCCUGAUGCAAUUGUUCCCUCUUAAGCUGUCAAAUAUUAACUUGUCUUGUUAAAGAGUCCGUCUCUUUGUGUACUUUCCCUGUGUUUCUAUAUGUUGUGCUUACUUUUCAGCACUUUUUAGGGGGUGGGAAGAGGGGUGCCGACAGUUAGAUCACAUCCUAUAUUUUGCAGAAUGUUCUUGUACUUACUUCAAAUAUCUUUUUAUCUGUGAAUGCAAAUUGCACUAUGCUGCACUGAUCCCUGAAGCUGUAACCAAACCAAUGCGUGCGUGUGGGAUUUAUCGUCUGCAAUUGAUGUAUGUGGUCCAAGCUUUUUAAGAAAGCAUUAAAAAAAAGUAUUUUAUGGUAAUACUCCUAUCCCUCCGUGGUAUCUGUUUAGAACUUUACAAAACGGAUUUAACAUCAACUUCUGUUGUACUUAAAAAUUACUGAAAGGGCUUGUUUCGUACUUUGUAAUCUCGUUCUGUCAAGUUAUUUUAUUUACAAAUAUACGGUGUAGCUUCAACUCUGUGUUUAAUUUUCUUUAACUGUGGGCCUUCAAGAGUGACAGAAGAUAGGAUGGCUGUCUUUUGUCUUGGCAAGUAUUGUAGCAGCAAGUGUAGUUACUGUCAGGAGGGAUUAAUAAACUGUGAGUGUAAACACACAAGAGAUUUAAGACUAAAUUGGAUAUAAAUGUAGUUAUGGAUUUAGAAGCCACUUAUGUGUUUGAGUAACUGUUUAAGGCAAGGAUGACCAAGUGUGUUGCAGAGUUUGGCUCUUGUUGCACCGGUGGCAAUUGAGCCAGCGUCAGAGGCUGGAGGACCCCCACCAUGCGCGGUGGGGUGCCAGGCAGCCCCCCCAGUGCUGCAGGUCUCAGCCCCGUUGAACCACCCCUGGGGAUGAGACUUCUCAUGGUAUCAAACUGGAGAGUAACUUAAUGCUUCUCCCAGAACUGCUACGCUCUUAAGAUCUUAGUGAUUAAAUACGGUCAGUCUCUGUGUAUUUUAGGUACUUUUUUUGUUUGUGGUAGACUUAACCCACUCAUUUAUUUUUAUAAGCUUUCCAAAUCCAAUGGAACAAAAGCAGCAGCAUCUCUCUCACAAGGGUCUGCAGUCAGCUUCUGC